GCUUUACCUUAACUCUGCUUUUUCUUUCUUGAAUUUCUAAUAGCUUUUGAUGAUUUGGCACUCUUGCAAUAUUGUAAGCAGAAGUUGCUGAUCACUCUUACCAAUAAGUAUUUCCAAUGUUAAUGAAGAUUUUAAAAAACAUGUGGUGUGGUUUUGGAGGCAAAGCCUUGCAGAGCACUGAUACUAGGAUAGUAAUCUCCUGAUCUUAAUACUGUGUGGUUUUUAUGACUCCCACUAAGUUUUGUGAAUUGAUUCCCCAGCUGCUACCAUUGUCCAUAUAGGCUCCAUGCCUGGUUUCUUCUACUGAGGGUCUGCAGAACUUGGGUCAGGCAAAACAGGCCUGUUGCAAACGUUAUCAUGCUCCAGCAUCUCCUGCAUACAAAAAAAUUGGGGGAGAGGCCAUGGCAUGUAGGCAAAUCCAGAUGUGGGGACUGUAUUCAAACUAGAGAAAAGAACUUGAGUUGGAAUGACCAUGGAAUCUGAUUUUUUGGGGGGGGAUAGGUGACUCCAGCAGAACUUGAAAAUUGUUCCAGGUGUCUGAGCUGCUGGUAGUUCAGAAGAGCAGGAGUGUGUUAGAGUCCCUAUAGGUCUAAGAGCAUUGUUAAAUCAAGGGAAUUAGAAAAUCAGCUGCUUACAAUAGUCUGCUAAUACACUACACUUACAGCUCUUAUAGUUUGCACCUGUGAAGUAGUAAAAUAUCCAUGUUCCUGGCAGCAGUUUAAUCUCAAAGAGGUUGCUUCAAAUCAAAAUCAAGCAUAGGCUUGAAGGAUAGUUAGUUUCUUUCCUUUACUUUCCUCCUCCAUACUCAUUUGCCAAAUAAAAUACAUUGUGAUUUCACUUCCUAGAAUUUUCUCUGCGCACAGGAAUGCCUUCUGUGGAUAUAUGCCCCUUAAUGGGACUUCUCUUCCUUAGAGAAGAGACAAGGAUAGAAUUUGUUUUGACUUAACAGAUAGAAAUUUUUCCUGACCGCUCUAAAAAGUAGAAUUAACAAAUAAAAAUAGAAUAAUAUCUUCUAGGAAGUUGGAGUCAACCUUCUUGCCUGCAGAUACCUCUUAGCUCAUCCUAUAAAAUGGUAUUUCAGAAGCCUCCCGAUGGUGGAUGGGGCUGGGUGAUAGUUGUAGUUUCCUUCUUUACUCAGUUCUUGUGUUAUGGAUCUCCGCUAGCAGUUGGAGUCUUGUAUUUAGAAUGGCUGGAUGCUUUUGGAGAAGGAAAAGGAAAGACUGCAUGGGUUGGAUCACUAGCAAAUGGAAUUGGAUUGCUUGCCAGUCCUAUCUGUAGUAUAUGUGUGUCUUCUUUUGGAACAAGACCUGUGACAAUCUUCAGUGGCUUUAUGGUGGCUGGGGGCCUGAUGAUGAGCAGUUUUGCACCUAACAUAUACUAUUUAUUUUUUUCAUAUGGAAUCAUUGUUGGGCUUGGAUGUGGCCUGCUAUACACAGCAACGGUAACCAUAACAUGUCACUAUUUUGAUAAACGCAGAGGUCUUGCACUUGGUUUGGUUUCAACAGGUUCAAGUGUUGGACUUUUUAUAUAUGCAGCAUUACAAAGAGGACUCGUAGAGUUAUAUGGAGUGGAUGGAUGUUUGCUAAUAGUUGGUGCAUUAUCCCUAAAUAUAUUAGCAUGUGGGAGUCUAAUGAGACCCUUGGAAUUCUCUCAUUCUCCUUUGCCAGAGAAGCCAUGCCUAGAAAAAAUUCCAGACCAAUACUUCCUUUAUCAUGAAAAAGAAAAGAGUGUUGAAGAAAAUAUCAGCAUCCUUGAAAAGGGCUACAGUGAUGAAAUGUGUGCAAAUGUGUCUGAUUGCAAACAAGACAGCAUUUUAAAUAAGAAUGGAUCAAUAUCAAUAAAUGCAAAUGAAACCGACACGUAUAGAAAGAAAGUUGUAGAGCAAACAUACUUUUGCAAACAGUUUGCCAAGAAGAAGUGGCAACUAUAUUUCAACUACUGGGAAGAAACAGUGCUGCUUUUUAAAAACAGAGUCUUUUCAGCUCUUUUUAUUGCCAUCUUACUCUUUGACAUCGGUGGAUUUCCUCCUUCACUGCUUAUGGAAGACAUAGCAAGAAGUUCAAACAUAAAGGAAGGAGACUAUCCUGUGCCUCUUGUCUCCAUUAUAGGCUUUAUGACUGCUGUUGGUAAACUUACUUUAGGAAUACUGGCAGAUGUUAAUUGGGUCAAUACUUUGUAUCUAUAUGUAAUGACCAUAAUAAUGACUGGAGGAGCCUUGUUUGCAAUUCCAUUUGCCAAAAGUUAUGUUACAUUAGCAAUUCUUUCUGGGGUUCUGGGCUUUCUGAAUGGAAACUGGUCAAUUUUUCCAUAUGUAACUACAAAGACAGUGGGGAUUGAGAAAUUGACACAUGCCUAUGGAAUAUUAAUGUUUUUUGCUGGACUUGGAAACAGCUUUGGACCACCAAUUGUUGGUUGGUUUUAUGACUGCACACAAACAUAUGACACUGCAUUCUACUUCAGUGGACUUUGUGUUUUGGUGGGUGGGUUUCUUCUGUUGGUGGCAGCACUGCCUUUUUGGGACAACUGUAGCAAUCGUAGCACAGAGACGCCACCAAAUUUUUACUCCUAUAAAGUGGCAUCUAGUGCUUAGAUAAGGACUGGAAAACAUUUAAAUGCCUUUUUAUACAAAGUCACACAAUAUUUUAGUAUCUUUUUCACUUUAUUUAUGAAGUACAAAAAUUCUCUUUUAAAUAGAAAAAUACCAUUGUUGCUUACUGUUACAUUUAAAAAAAAAAAAAAAAAAAGGAACAGUCUUUUGUCUACAACAUAGUGUUGUUUUUUGUAUGUUUUUUAUCCAUCAACUACUGUAACUGCUUUUCACUCUACAAUGGGGAUAUUCUGCUGUAUUUAUCAACCAUAUUUUUUUUAUGGAAGAAGAGAGCCUUGUUGAAACAAAUAAGGCCUUUUCCUUAUAGAAAAGGGCUGGCACUAAUGUCUUCCAUAAAAGGUCUCCAAUAGUUCUACCAGAGGGCUUUUUAAAAAGAUAAUUUCUUUUAUCACCUAGAAUGUAAAACUAUGUGGUGCUUAUAUAGCAGUAAGGUAAAUGUUUCCUUUUCAUAAGGUUUCUUACUUUUUACAUCGAAGUGCCAAGGAGAGAAAUUUGUACAAAAAAAAAAACAAACCCCCAACAAAAACUCAAAACUGUUGAACCCAAAAUAUUUAAGCAAAGAAAUAAAUAUGAUUGAAACCACA